CGAAAAUUGUACAAGCGUUUAAAUAUUGGCUGCUAUGCUUAAAUUUUCAGUUCAAAAUGCGACAGGAAGACCACCGGCCCUAACUUGGAAAAGCUAGGGCAUUAUUUGUUAAAGUGUAGUUUGUAAAUGGUCUUGGUCGGUUGUACUACUAGGCGCUAAAGAAUUUUUUCAAUAUCUAGUAAGAAAAAUGCCAGUUUUUACGGCAAACAUACCUGAGGACCUCAAAAUUGGCGAUAGAAUAGAAAUCGGUGGUAAAAUUAAGAAAAAUGCUAGAAAAAUGUCAGUGAACUUGUGCGCUCAAGAGGGGGAGGAGCCGCGGGACGUCGUUCUUCACUUCGACGUGCGGUUCCACAGAGACAACAUCAUAUCGCUGUCUCGGAAGAACGGGCUUUGGAUAGGCAGCGGGAACUAUGACACCAAUUACAACAUGUUUGUGCCUGGCACAAUGUUCCGCAUAAUCUUCGAGAUUAAGGACACCGACGUGAUCACCAUCUACUGCCAAGGGAAGUUCCACUCCAACUUCCUGCCGAAGAUCCCGCUAUCCAUGGCGAAGUAUAUCGUGGCCUGGGCUGAUAUACAGCGGAUCACGCAUUGCUACUUCCAUACGGGGGUUAAAGCUCCUGGUGGAGACCAGCCCCCCGUCGCCCCCCUCUCCCCGCGACCCACGAUCGCCCCUGUUGUUGGUCUGGAAGGCAAGCGGAGCGCACGCGUAAGAAAACAUCCAGCGCAGGACUGUCCCCAGUUGCGCUCAUCUGAGAGCUCUGAAGACGAGCCGUCGUUGAAGGUUCGACCGAAGGCCGAAGGUCGGGCUGACAAGUUCUUCUACGAGACGCUAAUGUGCCAGCAGUCGAGGGAAACCAAUAAAUUCGGUGCAGCAGUAACUGAACCCCGCUACCGAAGCGCCAGCCGCGACCGCGUCAGACCGGAUUGCUCCAGAAAAUAUGAUCAGGAGCACGAAAGCGACUACUCUGAGGACGUUACUUCGAAAAAUGAUUACUCUGUGGCAGAUGACACUGAAGUGUUGCCAGCUUCAGGCUCGAAUCGAUACUGGUCAAAAAUGAGGAACUUCCGAAGAAAGCACAUGAAAUAUGGAAAAGACAAUUCCAAGGAAAUACGCGUAUAGAACUAGAAAACAAUAUCUCGCGAUCAGUUAUUUUGGAGAUUAUCUUGAAAAACAAAGAAACUUUGUUUGUCGAAGUGGUACCGUUUUAUAAAAAUUGUGAUGUGUCUUGUGCAGUACCUAGUAUUAAAUUUAUGUGGUGUGUUGAUGAAAUAAAACAAACU